AUGAACGAUGUGUGGGUCUUGGCCACGCACAAAGAGGCCAGGUGUUUCAACGUGUUUUAUGUGGUAGUGGUGAACUGCGCUUCCGCCUACGAGGGCGAGACAAGCUGCUCGCUUCAGCGAUGUGAGCCUGACGAGACGGGCAGGUUCAACCUGGGCGAUCAAACCACGCGCCGCUUUGUCUGGAGGAGAAAGAGCGCCAGUGGUGGCGACUGCAUCGCUGAAUCUGGAGAAACCAGGAGCCAGUUGGGCGAGGAGAUCGCACGCAAGACGGAGCAAUGCAACUGCCCGACUUGCACAUCUCCUCCUGGGCCGCCAAGUGGGCCUCCACUCCCCAGCGAUAUGCUGAACGAGUACUACGUCCAGGAUUACACGUUGGUGCCCUCUGAUGACUCUCGACCCCUCCUUUGUGCUCGUGGGAUGACGCCAACAGGCAAUUUCAGCUGCAAAUUGUUUGACCGAUACUUCGCCGUGUUUGAGACUCCAUAUCCCACCUGCCAGAACUCGACGUGCAAGGCGCCGCCCGACGUUGCAAGCCUGGAGAACUUCGCAACCUGGGAUGUGAAUGCGCUAGCGCCUUGA